AUGGAAGAAAUGGUCGCGUAUCAUCAAACGUCCGUCUCGGUUGUCGACCCGUCAUCCUCGCUUCACUUUUCUCAACUGGGAAACCUCGCCUCCACAUUACCCACGGAAGGAUGGCGGUCCCUGUAUACCAAAAAAGACAUAGUCACAUGCAUAGAAAAGAUCCAAGCGGUGCGAUAUGAAGAAUCACUGUCGUUAUUCUCUACCUUGCGUCUGGUGGCCUACAGUUCCGGUUAUUGUUUAGGCAGUGCCAACUGGUUACUGGAAACCGGCUUCAAAAAGGUCGCCUUUCUGUCUUCUACAUCUACCGUUGCCAAUCGUCACCCCGCACCGUUGGAUCCUGCUAUCAUCGAAUCGGCUGAUGUCAUUAUUCUCAGCGACUUGAAAAAAUCAUCCACAGUGAAAGAAAAAACGUACGAGCAGGAAAUGCACGGCGCAUUAACGAAUAUGGCCAUGGCAUUAUCAAAUGGGCAUAAUGCUAUUUUUUGCAUGCCUACCAUGGGUCCUCUAUUCGAUGUCAUUGACGCAGCCUACCAUUAUUUGCGGUCCAUAGGAAAAGAAAUUGGAAAAGAACCUUAUCAGGUCCCGGUAUACGUCGUAAGCCCCAUCGCCUACCGAAGUUUACAAUACGCGAAUAUUUGCGGCGAAUGGAUGAAUGCCGAACGUCAAAAUAUGCUCUAUGAGCCACAAAUGCCGCUGAUCCACGGCCCGUUGUUGAAAAGCGGUGCAUUGCAGACGAUCCAUUCCAUGGUCGCUGGGGGUAUGUCUGAUAACAUUCGCGAACCGUGCAUCGUGUUCACCGGCGAUUCCACCUGUAUCAGCAAAGGAUCGAUUCAAUGGUUCUUGCGACACUGGGGAUCCAAAGAACAGAACGCUUGCAUCUUUACUGCGCUUCAGCGAGAUAUACCUGCCAACUGCCGUAUGCGACUUCUCUGGACCCCGUUGAAUGCCCGUCUUUUAUUAUCAGAGAUGUCAACCCUGCUACAAACCCACUGGCAAUAUACCAAUGACAGUGCUAAGCACAUCCUUGUUCCCAGUCAUCCCAAUGUGGACCCGUUUAAGGAGUAUUGGCAACAUAACAAUGUCAACGUCCACGUCUACGAAGCAGGAGAUAUUGUAGGAAUUGAGCUACAUCGGCAGUGGGAAAGAAUUUCCAUCUCGGAACAGUUAGCAAAUACCAUAUGUACUGAUCGUGUACACACCUCUGGAGAGGAUAACGUUACUUACAUGCCGGUGACGGGGUUACUACAAAUGUAUAAUCAUCGUCUGGAACUCCAUCCAUUGACCUCUUUACGGGAUAACUUGAACCUCCGGAUUCAUCAACGGCGUUACUGGGAUCAAGCGGAUCUUCAUACAUUGAUGCACCGACUGAACAUGGUAUAG